UUUCUCUCUCUAAAGCCCACACUUUAUAAACUAAGCUCUACUCAUUACUUUCUCUCUCUUUUAUUACAAAAUUCAAACUUUCAAAACUCUCUCUCACAGACCAGAGCCAUGGCCUCCAAUCUCCGCCGCCACUUCUACGUCGCCGUUUUGCUCUUAUUCACGAUCUUACCCUCCGCACUCUCUCAACAAGCAACCGGACCCAACUCCUGCAACGGCAUAUACGUCUCCUACGCGUACGUCACCGGGUCCCAACUAAAACCCAACCUUACAGGAUCCGACCCGACCCACCAGCCCUACCGCUUCGAAUCCGUACUCACAGUUCAGAACAACGACCAAGUGGAGCUACAGGCAUGGAAAGUGUUCGUUGGGUUUCAACACGACGAGAUCUUGGUUUCGGCCACUAACGCCGUGAUUGGCAACGGGGGGACUGGCUUGCCGGCGAGUGUGGGAAACGGCACCGUUUUGGUCGGGUACCCGAUGACGGAUCUGAAGACGGCGAUCGAGACAGCCGGGGACUUGACCCAGAUGAGUGUCCAGGUCAGCAUGGUCGGGACUCAGUUCGGUGUGGCUCCACCUGCUAUUCCUAUGCCUUCUAACAUUUCGCUUGUCAACGAUGGUUGGUCUUGUCCUAAGUCCACUUCAACAGGGAAGAAUAAUGUGACGGAAAUCUGUUGCGUGCAAGACCCGAAUGCUAAAACAAACAUCACUGCAAGUGAUGGGUUCUUGGCUCGUGGGAGUGGUGACCUUACAAUUAUGUAUGAUGUUACCCAAACAUAUGAGUCGAAUUACUGGGCACAGGUCACAAUCUCAAACCAUAACCCUCUUGGCCGUCUUGAUUAUUGGAAAUUGAGCUGGGAGUGGAUGAAUGAUGAAUUCAUAUUUGCAAUGAAUGGGGCGUAUCCAUCUGUUGUAGAUUCUUCAGAAUGUAUCUUUGGAUCACAAGGUACUUAUUACCAGAGUUUGGACUUCUCCACUGUAUUGAAUUGUCAAAGAAGGCCAACCAUAAUUGAUCUGCCUCUAACAAUGUACAAUGACACGAAACUUGGGUUUAAACCUUAUUGUUGCCGAAAUGGUACAAUCUUGCCAACAGAGAUGGAUCCAAGCAAGUCAAUUUCAUCAUUCCAGAUGCAGGUGUUUAAAAUGCCACCAGAUCUCAACCGUUCCCAGCUCUCACCACCACUAAACUGGGCGAUCAAUGGUACACUUAACCCUAAUUAUCAAUGCAGCCAACCAGUGCAGGUGAGUCCUAGCCAAUUUCCAGCUUCAAGCGGUGUACCAGUGAAUUCAACUGCAGUUGCAAGCUGGCAGGUGGUGUGCAAUGUCACGCGUCCCAAGAGUGCAAGUCCCAAAUGCUGUGUCUCAUUUUCUGCCUACUAUAAUGACUCUGUCAUUCCGUGCAAAACUUGUGCAUGUGGCUGCCCUAGCAACACUCCUCGUACUUGUAGCACAACAGCUCCAGCUAUGCUUCUUCCAUCAAAUGCACUUCUUGUUCCAUUUGAUAAUCGGACUGCCUUGUCUACUGCGUGGGCUCAACUUAAACACGAACCAGUGCCAAAUCCGUUGCCCUGUGGAGAUAACUGUGGGGUCAGUAUUAACUGGCACUUGUAUACAGAUUACAGUAAUGGAUGGAGUGCAAGAAUCACACUUUUCAAUUGGGGGGAUACUUCAUUUGCUGAUUGGUUUGCUGCAGUAGAAUUGGACAAGGCAGCUGCUGGUUUCCAAAAAAUGUACUCGUUCAACGGAAGUACCUUGGCCUUGAAUGGUGUCAAUGAUACCAUAUUCAUGCAGGGUAAUCAAGGAUUGAACUAUCUCGUGGCGGAAGACCAACAGCAGAAUCCUUGGGUGCCUGGGAAACAACAGUCUGUGAUCUCUUUUACUAAGAAAUUGACUCCUGGAAUAAAUGUGGCUAAAGGAGAUGGCUUUCCCACUAAGGUAUACUUCAAUGGCGAGGAGUGCUCACUUCCUUCAACAAUUCCAAGCAGUGGUAGUAGAAAGGGCCCGACUGCUAUAUUUUCAGUCCUCUCAGUUGUAGUGUUUAUGUUGAUGUGGCAAUAGCUGGGGGAUUGGGUUUUGUAGCUACUGCUGAUUUUUUUAUUCGUUUAGUGAUUGAUAUAUACUUUAACUAGGAGGUGUUUGGCACAUUCUUCAUUACCGGAAGACGUGUACACUGAUUGUUACAUAUAUAUAUAUACAUGAUGCUAUUGUGCUCCUA